UAGCCGAGCUCGAGAGAAAAUUGCAGUCUACUGCGGUUAUGGAACAACAAAAAGCUGAGCGCAAGCUAACCGCCAUACGUGAUUGUACGGAGGCGAAGGUGAAGAAUGGCGUGCGAUAUACGGAUGGCAUUUACGAAUUACAAUUAUCGGGCUUUCCGCCGUUCAAUGUAUAUUGCCUGACUAAGUGUUUACCAGAAGACCCAAAAGAUUGCUAUCCGUGGACUGUAAUACUACGAAAUGAGCACAGCGAUAAUGGUACCUUGGAAAAAACCUGGUAUGAAUACCAAGCUGGCUUUGGAAAUGCGAGCAAUGAUUAUUUUAUUGGAUUAGAUCGCUUGAAUGUCAUAACAAAGACUUCACCCCACGCUUUAUUAGUUGGUGUUGAUUUUGAGUCGGAGCGUAUCUUUUACUAUGAUAAGUUUGCUAUCACAGGUGAGAGGUCCAAUUAUGCUGUAGAUGUUUUGGAAAAUGGCAGAGGAGAUCAGGGUGUAUAUUAUUUUUCAUAUAUAAAAAACAUGGAGUUUUCUACCGAUGGUCAUUGUGCAAGAAAGCAAAGACGGGGUUGGUGGUAUAAUUACUUUUGUGCUAUGGACUCAUUGAGGCGCCAAUUUUCUUAUUACUUUUACUUGGCAAUUCGGCCGAGACAUUCCGACAACCAUUAGAGAGCAAAAAUGAGAAAAUUAUUUCUUAGGUGGAGUAAAAAGUAUGGAAUGUUGUACACAUAUGUCUUUAGUGGAUCGGAUGUCAUGAUACGGAACGGUAAUUUAAAUGAGACGUUACGCUUCAUAAAAAAGCUCCCGUAAAGUUUCGUAUUUGGUGUUUGGUGUUUGUUAAUUUGAUUUUCGAAAUAAAUUGAAAAUACGUAGAGAACUUUUUACUCUACCGAAAAUAGGAA